AAUGUGAUCAUUAAAUGCAUGCAGAUCUACAUAGUUUACAUGGGAGCCCUUCCUCCACAAACUUACUCACCCUCAUCUCACCAUUUCAAUAUACUUAUGGAAGUGUAUGGUAACAGUGAUAUUGCUGAAGCAUCGUUUGUGAGGAGUUACAAGAGAAGUUUCAAUGGUUUUGCUGUUUAUCUCACCGAUCAAGAGCGUCAAAAGAUAGCCGAACAUGAAGCAGUGGUAUCAGUUUUUAAAAGUAAGACUCUCCAUACACAAACAACAAGGUCAUGGGAUUUCAUGGGGUUUUCUGAGAAGGUGCAUAGAAACGCCGGCUAUGAGUCCAAUGUCAUCAUCGGCGUUAUUGACACGGGAAUUUGGCCUGAAUCACAGAGUUUUAGCGACAAAAACUUUGGUCCUGUUCCUGCCAAAUGGAAGGGAGCAUGUGUUGGAGGACAUAAUUUCACUUGCAACAAAAAAUUGAUCGGAGCUCGGUACUACACUUCAGAGAAGUCGAUUGAUUCUGCAAGAGAUGCAGAUGGUCAUGGAACUCAUACAGCCUCGAUAGCUGCGGGGAACCAUGUAAAAGGUGCUAGUUUUUAUGGCCUUGCUCAAGGAACUGCCAGAGGUGGAGUGCCCUCUGCAAGAAUUGCUGCAUACAGAGCUUGUGACGCGCAAGGUGCAUGCCAAGAGGCUGAUGUGCUGGCAGCAUUCGACGAUGCUAUAGCUGAUGGAGUUGAUAUUAUUUCCAUCUCUCUAGCUUACUCAAAUAAUUAUCCUUCUGGACAAUUCUCCAUUGAGGUAGGAGCUUUUCAUGCAAUGGAAAGGGGUAUUCUAACGGUGGCUGCUGCAGGAAAUUCUGGAAGUUCACACGGAACAAUUUAUAAUUCCAUGCCGUGGAUGCUUAGUGUUGCAGCAAGCACCAUUGAUCGACGAUUUAUUGAUAAGCUUGUCCUCGGAAAUGGAAAAACGCUAAUGGGUCCUGCAGUUAAUUCUUUCCGCUUGAAUGGAUCAUCUUUCCCUCUCAUACGUGGACGCGAUGCAACAAAAACUUGCAUAGGAAAAUAUGCAGAGAGCUGUUUCUGGAAUUGCCUGAAUAGUGAAUUGGUGAAAGGAAAGAUCGUUGUUUGCCGUGAUAAUGGGGGUGAUAUUUUUGAAGCUUCUUAUGCUGGUGCCCUUGGUACAGUUGUAUAUAAUGACGAUGCAUAUGGCAACUAUUCGACAGUGGGAUCAAUUCCCGUAUCACGAUUGAGUAUUGAGGAUUUUUCAGUAGUGGAUGCUUAUCUUAACUCAACAAAAAAUCCUCAUGCAAACAUUCUAAGGAGUGAAGUCUUACGCGACUUAGAAGCUCCUGUUAUAGCACCUUUUUCUUCAAGAGGGCCAAACAGAAAAAUUCCAGAGAUUCUGAAGCCGGAUAUAAGUGCACCAGGAGUGGCUAUUUUGUCUGCAUAUUCUCCGGUCAGUUCCCCUUCAGAUGACAUCAUAAAUGAUAAGAGAUCUGUGAAGUAUAGUAUCUUGUCGGGAACUUCAAUGGCAUGUCCUCAUGUUGCUGGCGCUGCAGCUUACGUGAAAUCAUUCCACCCCAAGUGGUCUGCGUCUGCAAUUCAAUCUUCCCUCAUGACUACUGCGUGGCGCAUGGAUGAGGCAAAGAAUCCACACGGAGAGUUUGCUUAUGGAUCAGGACAUCUCGAUCCUGUAAAAGCUGUAAAUCCUGGUCUAGUGUACGAAGUAUCCAAACAAGACUAUAUUAAAAUGCUAUGUAGCAUUGGUUUCAAUAGUUCCAAGCUUAGAAUCAUAUCAGGAGAUAACAGUACCAGUUGCGUUGCAGCAGAGACAUUCACACCUAAGGAUCUCAACUAUCCUGCAAUGACCAUUAAUGUUACGAAAAACAAGGUGUUUACAGUAAGCUUUCCGAGAAGAGUUACCAACGUUGGCUUAUCAAAUACCACGUACAAGGCACAUAUCUUUGCGAAUUCUCAGUUGAGCAUAACUGUGAGGCCUAGGACUCUGCAAUUCAAGCGGUUGAAUGAGAAGCAUUCGUUUGUGGUGGUUGUCACAGGAAAAAUAGUUCAUCAAAAUACAACAGAAUCUGCUUCACUUGUGUGGUCUGACGGCAUCCACAAUGUGCGCAGUCCUAUUGUAAUUCACACGUAUUCAUUUCCUAGGAGUAUUGCCAAGAGGUGAGCUCGUUGGAGUAGUGUU